CUAUAUUUCCAUAUGAGUGCUUAAAAUGUUUGGCUUGUGAGGAUGGCUGCUCUAAAAAUAGCUUUGGAGAAGACAGUCGGGUCCAAUUUCUGGUUCUAGCUGAGUUAGCUUUACAAAACUUUUUUGCCACUGUUGCAAGGCUAGAGUGAGGAUAAAUCAAUCCUAAAACCAGCUUGGACAUUCAUUUUGGACUCGGAUACUUAUUUUGUCCAUGGAUAAAAGAUACUAAUGUCAUGGCUGAAGAUACAGAAACAAAACACGGGGGAAGUAAGAAUGGAAAGAAAGAAGGCCUGUCCGGAAGCUCAUUUUUCACCUGGUUUAUGGUAAUUGCUUUGCUUGGAGUAUGGACAUCAGUAGCAGUUGUUUGGUUCGAACUUAUAGACUAUGAAGAAGUUCUAGCCAAAGCAAAGGACUUCCGUUAUAACUUAUCAGAGGUACUUCAAGGCAAGCUUGGGAUAUAUGAUGCAGAUGGAGAUGGAGAUUUUGAUGUGGAAGAUGCAAAAGUUUUGUUAGGCCUGACCAAAGAUGGCAGUAAUGAAAAUAUUGAUUCCCUUGAGGAAGUCCUUAAUAUUUUAGCAGAGGAAAGUUCUGAUUGGUUUUAUGGCUUCCUCUCAUUUCUCUAUGAUGUAUUGACUCCUUUUGAAAUACUAGAAGAAGAAGAGAGCGAAGCUGCAGAUGAUGUUGAUGGAAAGGAGCCAGGAGGGGUAGUCGAGAGAAAAGCUAAGGACAAAGGACUUAAAGAAAGAUAUGUCCCAGCACAGCGCACACCAGCAGAAACUGAGGAGUCCAUUCAACCUUCAGAGCAGUCAUUCAUUAAAUCAGAACAUGAGAUUGGUGAACCUAAAGUGGAAGAGGAAAUCCAGUCAGUCCUCCAGGAAGAACACCAUUCCCAGUUUGACUAUCAAGUGGAUGAACCUGAUGAAAAUCAGGCGGACGAACCUGAAGUACAAGAGCCUGAAACAGUUGAGAUUCCUGUUUCAUAUAAACAUGACCUGGUUCUGGAAAAGGCAACAAAUGAGCCUGAAGUUUCAGAUGACAUUGAAUCAUUUAUAGAAGAGAAUAUUGAAUAUCCCCCAGAAGACAUGAUACAGGAAGACUACAAUGAAGAACAUGAACCAAAACAUGAAGAAGAGACUGAGAUACAGGAUCCAGGUACAGAUGAUAUUGAUACAACAGUGUAUGCAGAAUCAGAGACUGCAGAAAAAGAAUACAUUACAGGAAUGGCUGAUGUGGAAGAUGAAAGGGCCCUUCCGGAGCCAGUAAAUGAAGCUACAGAGCCAGGUGAAAUUCCUGAAGAUGUGGAAAUAAAUGAAAAGCCAUUAGAAGUAAAGCAUACAGAAGACCAAGUGGUUGCUGAACCUCAUGAAACAGAAAUUCCUGUUCAAGCAGAAGAUUUCCUACGUGAUGAUCUAGUAGAUACAUAAAGCUUCAAAAAGACUCUUCCUACAUCAGGAGGACCAGCCCUAAUCAAUACGCUACACAAGGGGAGCAGAUGGUUGUACUAGAUCUCAUGAUGAAAUUAUUGAGCAGUUCAGGAUUUUGGGGGAUGAACACUAAGAUAUUGUAAAUGGAUUGUAGCCAAUGGUCAUUUUAGUACACUUUUUAACACUUAGAUGUUUUGAAUUUACAUUCUUGUCAAGUGUAGUACAUUCAUUGGUUUUAUUUCUCUUUCUUCCCUGUUUGUGACAGAACUAUGCAUUUGACCUACAUUUUACAUGUCCUUUCCAAGCAAUUUGUUAAGGUAUUUGUUAUGUAGAUACAAUUGUUUUUUUCAGAUUAUAAUAAUAUAUAUCUUUAUGUUGUGGGUAUAUAAAGUUUGGGAGCAAUUUGGGCAAACAAAAUAUAGAAAUAUGACCAUGAACUUUAAACUUUUUGUUACUGUUAAUGUAACGUGAACUUUUGUUGCAUUUUAGAAACACUAAUCGGAGGCAUUGAGCUAUGACGUUUGAGUUGCAUCUGUCUGCACUGAUACUAUGUCAAACAGUUACACUACAUGAGUUUCAAAUCACUUAAAAUAAUUUUACAGUUUAUAAAACAUUUAAUUUAAUUCUUAGCUAUAUUCAGACAGGUUACUAAAUUACUUUUCUACAAGUCUUUUAUGUGCAAAUUAGUGUUGCUUAUUUUAUGCACAUUUGGUUUUUAAAACAAGGAAAACUGAAGACUUCAUAACAACCUGUCGGGAAGACUCAGUGUCAACAGGCACAUAGCUAUGUAAUUGGAAUCAGUUUUGGGCUUACUAAGGCACACUUUUAUUUUCCCCAAAGGACUGAUCUUAUCAUACUUGGAAUUAGUAUAUUGAAUUAGAAUUCACACAGUAAACUGUUGGAAACAGCAAUUCUACGUAAAUACGUGCUUCAUAAAUGAAGCCAGAAUAAGAUUAAAUGCAUCUAAAAAUACACGUUAAAAUGUAAAAAUAUUGCAACUCUAAGAAUAUUUUAAAAUAGUCAAAUUAUUUUAAUUUAGUUUUUUUAAUUACUUUGAUUUUUAAUAUAGCAGGUAUUUUGUCUACCUGUUGCAUGCUGCUGAUACAAUUAUAGAGACAUCUUCUUACUCUUAGGCUUUUUUGUGUUCCUUUUUGGCUCAGGAAUAGUUGCUGUGAUUUAAAAAAAAACCUGCAAAGUCUGAUAAAGGAGCUAGAAAAAAGAAAAUAUACUUUCUUUUAAAGAGAGGCAUCAAAGUAACCCUAACAGUGGUUGCAUCUUAGUUGACAGGGACAUUUUUUAAAAUACCUUUAAUACUGUUUUGAGACUAGGAUUUUACUUGCAUACACUUACAAUGAAAGGGACAUAUUAGGUGCUUGUUUCUUGUUUGGAAUUCCAGCUCACAAGGCUGAGAAUUCCAUGUGCAGAACAAGGGUAACAUAUGCCCCAAAGUGGUUUCUUUACACUUUACAGGAGAGCAAUAAUCCUCUUAAACUGUGAUGUAGGUUGAGGCAGAAUAUGGUAUGUUUUUUUGGUGUAAAAUUACUUCUGAUUGUGAAUUGCAGAGCAAUACUUUUUUACAAAGCCAUAUUUUAUAGGGAAGCUUGGGAGAAAAAAUUAAAACUGGUGAAAGGAGGAUAUAAACUUCACUGCGUUUUUGUACGAAGUGGCAGUCUAUUUAUAGAAUUAUGGGACUGUGAGGUUGCGUUAUGCUGUGAUCAAAUUUUAAACUCUUUGUAAUUAAGUAUGUGAUUUUAUGAGCUUCAUGUUUACAAAAUUGUGCCAAGCUGGGCAAAGACAAGGGGAUUUAAAAAUAAUGUAUAUUUAAUCCGUUUUAAUGUUUGGCUGCAAUAAAAAACAGA